GCGCAACGCGCCAUUAUUGAUUUUUCCACUAAGUUGCUAAAAACCUUUUACCGUAUUAAAUUCAACAUGCUAAAAAUACCUUUUUUGUGGAUCAUCUACAUUAAUUUUGAUUUAUAUAAAAGUUAUGUAUGUGAACCGACUGCUGUUCCAUUCACAUUUAAAGAAUACCCAUACAAAGAUACGCCUAAGAACGAAAUGACGUUCCGAGAAUUUGAAACAGCCUGCGAACAAAGUAGUGCAUGCAGUCAUAUGAAUGGUUUGGCGCGAACUCGCUGCAUCAGAGAAUGUGUUUCGCCGUCUUGUUACAGAGAGCUUUACAUAAACGACCCUCUCGAAGAGGGUGAAAUUGAUGUCCGAUUAAAUUCCUUUAAAGGUUGUUUUAUACAAAGAAGCGGACGUACGCGAAACUGAUUUCGUAUGAAAAUUAUACUAUCUUUCAUCUUUUGUAUUAAUAAGAUACACAAGAUUAGGCAAAAGAUACAAUUUAUGCUAAUGGUAAGGAAUAGUAAGGUUUUGCGUGAUACCAAUAUAACACGUUCCCAUUAAGCCAGCACAUUCAGCGCUCGAAUUCACCUAAAAUAUGUUUAAUUUC